AUGCUCGAGGAUGAGGCCAACAGAUUACUUCGUGUCUCUCCUUUGAUCUCCUGCUCGUCUUCUUCCCUUGUCCUGCACUCGUCCAUCCUCUGCACUCUCGUCCAUCCUCUGCACUCUCGUCCAUCCUCUGCACUCUCGUCCAUCCUCUGCACUCUCGUCCAUCCUCUGCACUCUCGUCCAUCCUCUGCACUCUCGUCCAUCCUCUGCACUCUCGUCCAUCCUCUGCACUCUCGUCCAUCCUCUGCACUCUCGUCCAUCCUCCGCACUCUCGUCCAUCCUCCGCACUCUCGUCCAUCCUCCGCACUCGUCCAUCUUCCGCACUCGUCUGAGCCACGUCAGCAGUUGCUGAUGUGCACUGGGCGUUUGCGCAUGGUGUUCGUGGUGUUGGGAAUGGCAUGGUGUACGUGGUGUAUGUGGUGGCCAUUGUCGAUGCAACACCUCGAGAUUGCAGUCGAACCCGGUUUGAACACGAACUGGACCUCCCAAACACAUUCAGAUGUGUUUGGUCCAGAGUUCGACUAA